AUGGCAGAGACUACUCAGACGAAGCAGAAUGCGUUUCAUAAUGCUCUUCAGUCAUGGAAAGAAAUAGACUUACCCUCGUUACAGAGAAAACUUGACGAGCAAGGAAUUGAGCUCAAGUCAGAACAAAAGGCCUCCUUAACGAGUCGAAAGAACCUAGCGUCCAAGACAAAGGAGUUUAAGAAGCUAGAAGAUGAGGCCAAGCUCACAGAGAUGAAACCCCUUCUCAAAUUGUACCAGAAUGAAAUCGACAGCAUGCACUCGAAACAGAAGAAAGUUGAGUCUUUCUUCUUUGGAUUUUAUAGAGUUAUCGCUGAGGCUCCCGAUCCUAAACCCCUUUUGGAGCUUUGCCUUGAUGCUGUGAGUGAACUGAACGAGGUGGGACAAUUGAAGCAAGAAGUGACUGAGCUUAAAGAGGAGUUGGCGAAGAAGGCUGAUUAUGAGGUGUUGAAGCAGCGCUUACUACAAAGUGAGCAAGAACUGGCAGCGCUUCUAAGUACCAAACUAAAAGUUAAAGAGGACGAGCUUCAAUCCUUGAUGCAAGAAAAAGAAACUAACUGGGCCAAUAAGGAGAAGCAGCACCAGGAGCAGAUUGCAUCGUACAAGCUUACUAUUGAGGAGCUUAAAACCACCAUGGAAGUUACGAAACUUCAAUUAAGCUCGCAUAAUAAACAGCUCAAUAAUGGUGGCAAUGACUCAGUCACCGGUCAAGACGCAGCAUCGACUUUGGUGGAGUUGGACAUGGCAAAUCGUGAUGCGGAGAUGUGGAAAAAGCGGGUUUUGGAUCUCGAGAAAAGAAAUGAAAGCUUACGCCAAGAGUUGAGCGUUGCUCUGAACGAUGCAACCAACACGGCUAUGAAAGCAGAAUUUCAGAAGAGAGUGGCUGAUUUGGAAAGUGAAAACGCUCUCUUAAUGGCUAACUUGAACCAGGUGAAGUCGAGAGUAUCUCAGACCACUGAAGAGAACGCAUUGAAGGUAACGCAGCUAGCAAGAGACCUACAGCAUGCAUCAGAUGAGAUCAAGCACUUGAAAGAAAAAUUAGAGAGAACCAGUGACUACGAUGAGAUAAAACACGAGCUAAAACUAUUACGUCAGAUAGAAUUUGGUGAUAGCGUUCAGGAGGGAACAGAUGACGCACCCGAUGAGGCUAAACAAAUAGAUGCUUUACUUAUCGAGAAGAACAAGGCUAUGACCACAGAGCUUGCAAAUUUCAGAGCUGAGCAUGAUGGGUUAGUAGCUCAAGUGGAUCAGUUGCAAGGACAAAUUGAAAAUAUUACAGAGGAGAAUGCCAGACUCAACCAGCUCAACUCCAAGCUUGAGAAUGACUUAGCACUCAUGCAAGACUCUUCAAGUUCCCACAUCAACGACACCGCUAGCAUGAUGUCGGGAAUGACGAGAAUGACGAAGAACACACGACUUGGCCCAGUAGGAAACCCAAACUCUAAUGAGGAAAACUCCAUUCUACCUAUUGUCACCAAGCAAAGAGAUCGUUUCAGAGAUAAGAACAAAGAGCUCGAGGACGAACUCAGGCGCCAAAUCAAUUUGGUCAACGAGUUGAAGAGACAAAAUCGUGCAUUGAAAAGCGACAAUGAGGAUCUCUACGAAAAGUCGAGGUAUGUAGCUCAGCUCAAGAAAGGCGAGAUUGACCAGGGUGUGGAAAGUGCUGGCAGCUCACUGCGCCGCUUCUUCACACCAAAACCCAAUGCAUCGGUGGAUCUCGAGCAAAACGCAUACCAGACUGAGUACGAGUCUAAAUUGCACCCAAUCGAACGAUUCAGAAUGAGAGAGCAAGAACGAAUUAGUGCAAGGCUCUCACCGCUCGAAAGAAUUUUUAUUCUGAUUACUCGAAGUAUCUUGGCCACAAGGACAACUAGGAUGCUCUUCUUGGCUUACUGUGUAUUCCUUCACUUUUUAGUCAUGUUCACCACUAUCCAUUCCAUGAACAUAAGCACUAAAAUGAUACCUGAGGUUGGACUUAAUCAAAGCACCGGAGGGUCUGCCGAUGUCGGCGCUGGAUUUGAGCCAGGCAAUCGAGCAUAA